CUUCUCUCUUUUUUCUUCUCUUUGUCCCUUUUUUCCCGCUCAAAUUCCUUAUCCUUGCCCCUGCCCCUGCCCCUGCCCCCUAUAUUAAAGCCGUGCCUAACCCCUGCACGCCCACUGGCUUUUGUUUCUUUCUCCCCUCUCUAUUACCACACUCUCUUGUUCCUUUACCCACCCUCUCUUUCACCCCACUCUCUCUCACUUUCUCAUCCAAUCUUUUGACGACAACAGCUACAACAAUGUCCUCCCCCUCUGCAAUCCUAUGGGACGCCUUCCGCGCUGACCCCUCGACCGAGGAUCUGUUCCACGCCGACAGCCAUAUCAUCUUCCUGCCAACGGGAGCCGGUGCUGCCACCGAGAAACACAUCCGCGAGUUCUACAGGAGCGGCGGCUACUCUCACCCGAAAAGGCUUGCUGUCGAAGAAAAGGUCAUCCACCGAACGGUGGGCGAAUCUUCCGCCGUCGAUGAGGUCGAGGUCACGGUCAAGUUUGUCACCGGUACUGGUGGAUGGCUCCUCCCAGGCAUUGAACCCCAUCAUCUCGAGGACCUGACUAUUACGUUUCCUUUGGUGAUCUGUGCGUCGUUUGCAGACGACCGCAUCGCAAGCGUCCGCUACCUCUGGGACAAUGCCAGUGUGCUCAAGAUGGUCAAGUUGAUCGGCUCGCGCCACUCCUGGCCCAUCGUCGCUGAGGCCCAGAUCGAUGCACUUCGGGACCCGACCAGGUUCAGACUCAAUCCUUUUGGUAACGCAACUACCGCCACCGCUGGUUCUCGUCCUCAGUCCAAUAUCUCAAAGAUCUUUAGCUCGCCACCAACCUCUCCACCACAGAGGUCAAACACCGCGGACCAGAAGAAGGGUCACCCAGCCCUGACUUCGACCGUGUUCAGUCAUCUCAGGAACGCACCUCUGCCUGGACGCAACGCAGAUGAGGAAGACCAGAGCCACAGAAACACUCACACUUCUCUACCAAUGAGCCCCUCGUCUUCGGACGAAUCCCUCCCUGCUAGGAACGGAGCCGCGUCUCCUACGUCUCCAGGCAAGAAGGGUCACCCAGCAUUGACUUCGACAGUGUUCAGUCACCUCAAGGGAACACAGUCCCCACCUCCUUCGCAGCCUGCCCCUGCUGCUAUGAGCCGGCCCACUUCACCACCUCAGCAUGAGGAAGAGGAGCGUGGAGCCGGUUGGAGAGCCGAUUAUGUCAAGCCCAAGGGUCACCCCGCCCUUACAUCUAGCAUUUUCUCAAAGACGCCUUCUCCACAGCCAACGACCUCUCGACCACCUAGACAGGAUCAGGCAUUGCAGUCUCCACCUGCAGAGGAAGAGCGUGGUGCGGGAUGGAGGGCCGAUUACGUGAAACCCAAGGGGCAUCCAGCUCUGACAUCGACGAUCUUUUCGCAGCAACAGCCUAUGGCACAACCCACACCCGCCAGGCCGUACAAGAAGACUAGUCAUAAUAUCUUUGGUGUCCCGGCGGAGGAGCAGGACAAGACAAAGGCUGCUGAGGUUAUCCCCGUCAAUGAGGAACAAGAGCAGGAACAGGAGGUACCAGGAACCUACACGCUGGAACCCUCAGCGAUUGCAGCGGAAUUGGAGCGCAACGAACAGCAGCUCCACGAGUUGAAGAUCGACACUGCCUCUCACAACCCCUCAGUCGAUGAACUGGAGAAAAAGAUCCAGGAGCAAGAAGCCUUAAACGAGCAAGAGGAACUGGAGCAGGCCAAGAAGACUGCUGAUGCUGCUGCUGCUGCUGCAUUGGAGGUCAAGGCAACGACUUCGACUUCGACUUCCCCACGGUCCGUUAAUGCGCCCUUAUCACCCGCUUCACCCCCGCCAUCGGCGAGACGGAUCCAUCCCAAUUACAGAACCAGCUUCACCAUUGGCGGUCCCCGUUAAGGACACGAGAUCCGCGUACGUAAGAAAUAGCAAGAAUACCCUAUCCAAGCACGAUAAUUUGAGUUCCCACGAUAACAAAGAUAGCAGCAACCAACAUAGCAAUAAGAAAAAGGAAAACAAGAGCAC